AUGGAGAAAGACAUUGAUAAUACCAGCAUGGAAAAAGAUAUGGAGAAAGAUAUGGAGAAAGUCAUGGAUCUAGACAAACCACAAGAUCCCUUCGCCUUAGAAGAGGCCGGUGGAGUGCGGUACAAGACUAUGAAAUGGUGGAACUGUGCAAUUUUGAUGAUUGCUCAGUCUGUCUCAUUGGGAGUUCUCUCCCUCCCGUCGUCGAUGGCAGUCUUAGGUUUAGUCCCUGGCUGUAUCAUUAUUGUUGGUAUCGGAGCUUUGACAACCUACACUGGAUAUGUCGUCGGCCAAUUCAAAUUGCGAUACCCGCAAAUUCACAACAUGGCAGAUGCUGCAGAGAUCUUAUUCGGUCCCUGGGGUCGCGAGAUCGUUAAUGUCGCCCAGGUUUUGUGCUUCAUCUUCCUGAUGGGAGCUCAUGUCCUGACAUUCUCCAUCAUGAUGAACACUCUUACUAACCACGGUGCUUGUACCAUCAUUUUCUGUGUGGUGGGAACCAUUCUUUGCUUCAUCCUGACCCUCUCAAGACGACUAGAGGAAGUUUCAUAUCUGGGAAUUAUCUCCUCGCUAUCAAUCUUUACCGCCGUGAUGAUCACCAUGAUCGCCAUUGGCAUUGAAGCACCCGAUCCCAGAGCAUACGCCAUCACCAACCCCACUCUGAUGAAUGGCUUUUCCGCUACUCUCAACAUCGUCCUUGCUUAUUCCGGCCACAUGUCAUUCUUCAGCUUCCAGUCCGAGCUAGCAGAUCCACAUGACUAUCCCAAGGCCCUGAUUGUUUUCCAAGUAACAGAUACCUCACUGUAUCUCGUUACAGCCCUGGUAAUCUACCGAUACGCUGGUCCGGACGUCCUCAGCCCGGCCCUGCUGAGCGCAAGCGAACUAGUUUCGAAAAUUGCAUUCGGCAUCUCCAUCGGUACGAUCGUCAUUGCCGGCGUGGUCAUUUGCCACGUCGGCGCAAAGUGCAUUUACGUGCGGAUGUUCCGUGGCACGCAUAUGAUGAGCGAGAGGUCGUUCCGUUCAUACGGUACUUGGGUGUUGAUCACUUUCCUGAUGUGGGUUAUUGCGUGGUUGAUCGCAAAUGCGAUUCCCGUGUUCAAUGAUCUGCUCAAUAUGAUCGCCGCGGCGUUCUGCAGUUGGUUCUCGUUCGGUUUGGAGGGUCUCUUUUGGUUGAAGAUGAACCGUGGACAGUACUCUGCAAGCAAACGGAAGAUGGCAUUAACUGCACUUAACGUCUUUCUUGUUGCGCUGUGCUGCUUGAUUUGUGGAAUGGGUCUGUGGGCUACAGGAACGAGCAUUCGGAUCAAUGCGCAGUCUGCACACAAACCUUUCUCCUGCGCGUCCAACGCCUAA